AUGGUCGAGUCUUUCGACAUCAAUGCACUGCAAGAAUCUCUUGCUCUCCCAUUUCCCGUCCCAACAAAACAAGUUGCGGGGUUGGUCAAUGGCGUCAAAACAGAAGUGUUGGUCAUGAGCUUUAGCGAUAAGAUCAUGGUCACCAUUUCGCAAGGGGGGCGAUUGGCACACUGGCUGCAUGUCCCGCUCGAGAACCGCAAUCCGGGGACAGAUGGCUUGCACACCAUCUCCGAGGGUGCCGAUGAUAGUCUCUUGCCCCUCAGUGGAUUGACGGCGACAUCUUUACUUGGGGGCCAUGCCCCUGGACAGGAUACAGUGGGCCAACUGCUUGCCCGCCAAAUCGGGUCUGCCAUUGCCACCAAGACGCCUGGUGAAAACCGAUUGCUUGUCGUUGGGUUGGGUCUUGGCACUGCAACUACAGAUCGAGAUGCGUUUUUUGCUGUGGUCGACCUCGUUUUGCAGUGCAUCUAA